CGUCAUGCUGAUGUGUUUACUUGAAAAGUAAACCAAUCGACGUCCGCGGCUUGCAUUUCCGGAAAAUCGGUUUAUUUUGUAACCUGGUGUGUGUUUACGUUCCGUGUGUUGUUUCCAAACUUGUAAUCCAUACGUGCAUUAUGCUAAAAUACGUCGCUGGAGCGAAGCCGGGUAAGAAACUGCCAACAACGGAACGUAAGUCAAGCAAUGACUAUGAAAAAAGUCGUAAACGUGAUUUUCAAGGAAAAUGGUUAAACAUCUAUCCUUGGUUGAAAUAUGAAAAUAAUGUAAUGUAUUGUUCAGUUUGUCGCGUACAGUCCAUGAAAACAAAACAGCACGAGUCCCUAGCCUUUGUAAAAAGCACAGACAAUUUUAAGCUCGAGUCAGUUAAACAACAUGAUGAUAGCAUCGUGCAUAAAAGGUACAUUGAGAUAGGAGAGGCGAAAUCACAACCAUCCUGUAAGAGUAAGGCUGCUGAAGCUUUAAGAACAUUGCAUGAAAGUCAGCACAACAGUCUGGCUAUCAAAUUUCGCACUGCCCAUGCACUGGCCAAAACCCACAUGAGUUUUAGAACAUACAGUACCAUAUGUGUGUUAGAUGAGGCUAAGGGAUUGGAUGUUGGUGUGAACUAUCGUAAUGACAAAGCUGUUGCUUCUUUUACAAAAGCUAUUGCAACUGUUGUGCAAAGAACAACUGUAGAAAAAUUGAAGAAUACACAGUUCUGUAGUUUCACAAUUGAUGGGUCAACUGAUUUCACGGGAGAUGAUCUUGAAAACAUCUACAUUCGAACUGUUCACUCCGGACGUGUUGAGGACACAUUCUUGCACAUAGGUUGUGCUGAAUCUGGCUCCAGCAAACACAUACAUGAGCAUGUCAAGGAAGUGUUUGCAAAACUUCACAUUACAGAUGAAAUGCAGUCAAAACUCGUCGGUUUCACUGCAGAUGGAGCAGCAAAUAUGCAGGGUAACAAGACUGGACUUGCAACACUGUUGAAAGCAGAAUGGCCACACCUAGUAGCUACACACUGUCUAGCUCACAGACUCGAACUGGCAUUCAAAGAUGCCGUAUAACUGACAAACAUAAACAUGUAUGAAAAGAGUAUGACUCUACUUAUUGGACUGUAUUAUUUGUACCACAAGUCCCCUAAACAGAAGAAAGCGCUUCAGAGAGCAUUCGUCAUGAUGGACUUCAAGACAUCUAUAAUGCCUACACGCAUCGGUGGGACCAGAUGGUUGCCACACUUGGACCGUUCACUGUCAGCCUUCUUUAAAGGCUACAGAGCGCUAGUGUACCAGCUACAGACGUCAUCCCAUGACAAUGCCAAGGCAGAGGGGUUUGCCAAGCUGGCUACAGUUGGCUUUUUGAUCCUUUACUUGCUACAGCUCAAGGCCGUGGUUUCAAUGUUGAUGAGACUGUCAAAGUAUCUACAGAAGCAGGAGGUUUUCUUGGCUGAUGCUUACUCUAGGGCAGCUGUGACAAUGAAAGGCCUUGUGAUCUUGAAGUCGUAAGUAUGUUAAAAUAUAUAGUGCCAACACGUUUUAAUAAUACAUGUAGUUAAAGAGUUAAAAAAAAAAAUAACCAUUCCUGCUUCAGGGAGUCAGAGUGCUUAGCUGACGUUGAGCAAGUCCUCUCUGACAAAGCUUAUGAUGGCAUUGAGUUGACAUUUAGGGGUCAGAGACCACAACCUGUGCUGGAAAAAAUUGUUGACUCUGUCAUAGGCAAAAUUGUGGAACGCUUUCCUCAGAAGGACCCAGUCAUUGAGGCUACCAAAAUAACUGGACUGAACAAUUGGCCUUAUGACCAAUCAAUGAAACGUAUAACACAGUUAUGCAGGCAUUUCCAUGUGCGCUUUAAGCACCGGGGCACCCCUGUGCCUUAGUACUAUUCAAUU